GCCGGUUCAUGUUGGGUUUUGGCGCUGGCUUAGUAACGGAGGUUCAAGGAUGGGAGACCGGGAGACUGUGCUGCUGGAGGCGCUGGGCCGCCUGGGGCUCAGGGGGCUGAGACGGGCUUGGGUGGAUUCUGUGUGGGAACUCGACUUCACGGAGACGGAGCCUCUCGAUCCCCGAGUGGAAGCUGAGAUCACGGAGAACGGGCUGGAAGCGUUUAACCGUUUGUACGACGGCUUGUCGCCUUUUGCUUCCGAAGACCAGGAGAACACACGGAGCAUCUGGACCCUCUUUGCCGAGAAUGAUAUCUGCCGUAACUCCCUGGUGGCGGUUCUGUAUCACUUCAUUCAGAUCGGGGAGAACAAAAAGGCUGACGUCACACAGAGGACUCUUGCCCUGCACGCCGCCGGCCUCUACUUCCUGAUCUUGGAGAUUCCGGGUAGCGUCGCUAACCAGGUUUUCCACCCGGUCCUGUUCGAUAAAUGCGUGAGCUCCAUUGAGAAGAUUUGGCCUCAGGAUCCCGACUCGAAUCGCAAGCGCAAGAAAGACGCGCUAAAGAGCUCUCAAGGGGACAGCCGCGGCAGGAAGAAGUCCAGGCCGGUCCGGAGAGAGGACUCGGAGCUGAAUGACAUAUUGGAGGACGAGGAAGAGGAUGAAGAAGCAGUUUAUUUCUCCACUCGUGACCUCAUGAACAUCCGAGAGUCCGUCUUCCUUCUCCUGAAGAACUUCCUACGCCUGCUCCCCAAAUUCUCUCUGAAGGAGAAGCCUCAGAGCGUGUUGCACUGCAUGCAGAUCUUCAUAAACUUGACAAGUUUUGAGACCGUCCCCCAAGAAUUGCCGUUUUCGGCAGCUGGUUCCGUUAACCGCAUGAAGUACGUUCCAGAGUUGGCAUAUCACGGCUUGUGGUUACUCUGUCUGCCGGUCCACGGGGAUUCUAAUCAGACCUUACGACGUCUGUUCCAGCGCCUGCUCAGCGUUAUCCUGAUGAUGAAAGGAGGAGAAGGCGCUCACUCCACUCUGUUGGUGAUCAGCCCCUCGGUCACCAGCGCCAAGAACCAGGCGAUCCGAUUCAUCAGUUUUCUGGUGGACGAGCUGAAGGAAGCGGCUUUUCCGGUAUUACACAUCCUUCUGCAGCACAUCUGUGUCAAGUGUCCGGAUAAAGCAGAGUAUCGUCUGAGUGCAGCUCAGGCUCUGGUGAAGCUUAUGGAAAAAUUACCCAAUCCGGAAUACGCUCUUUUCACCUCCUGGAUGUACGGAUAUUCCAAAAACUCCAAGAUCUCGUACCGGGUGUUCGCUUUGGACGUCGCUGUUGCGUUGCUGGAGUUACCGGAGAGAGAGACGGACGAGUCCUUCCCUCCAGAAAGUCUGAAGUUCCUGCAACACAAAUUCCUGCUGCAGGCCAUGGUGUUCAGCCGCUGCUCAGACAAAGCGCCGACCGUGCGCAGCAAAGCGCUCUCCUGCCUGGCUCAGUGCUUGGAAAGAAACGCUACGUCUGCCUUGGAGGGGGUGCAGGAGCUGCUGCAGGGCAGUACUUGUCGCACUAUUUUGGGUUCUUACCUGACAGCUGAGAGUUCGGUCAACGGUGGAGAAGCUACGGCUCAGCCACACAAAUCUUUGGGCGCCUUAAAAACCAUCGAAAUGACGGACGGAGGAGACCUCACGAGAUCUGAUGCAGGGAAGGAGACGCUUACGAUGCUUCGCCACAGAGCCGGUGACGAGAAGACAAACGUGAGGAAAUCUGCCCUUCAGGUUCUGGUCAACAUACUGAAGUAUAACUUGAUCUCCUGCAGCCCGGAGGAUCUUUUAACGCUCCAGGACCGAUGCCGCGAUCCGGCUGUAUCCGUUCGCAAACAGGCGCUCGCCUCCCUGACCGAACUCCUUCAGGCUCAGCCACACAACGCUCUGAUCCAGAAGGCCUGGCUGACCGGCUUGGUCCCCGUCGUGCUGGACACGGAAAGCACCGUGCAGGAGAAAGCCCUGGAGUGUCUGGAGCAGCUUCUUCUGCAGAAUAUCACACAUUAUAACCGUUACAAGCCGAGCGACGAGAGACAGAAGCUCACCUGGGACCUGCUCACCCUGCUGUCUGACGAAAGCCAGGAGCUCAGCCGAUAUUUAACGAAAGCCUUCCACAUGUGGUCCAAGCAAAAUAAGUUCUCUUCGACCCUCGUCAACAACUUGAUUUCUCACACGGAGACCGAACACUCUGCCCCAGCCUGGAUGGUUUUGGCCAAGGUUGCCGGCUCUUCUCCGAAAUUAGAUUACACCAAGAUCCUGAACUCCUGGGACCAGAUCAGCAGACAGGCCGAUGCCAACACAACAACCACCGGGCAUAUAUUAUAUGUCAUUGGGCACAUUGCCAAACAUCUGCCUGCCGACACCAGAACCGGUCUGAUCGGUCACGUGAAGUCUUGGUUGAAGGAGUUCAAGUCUCCUCCAGACGUCAUCAGCCCGGCAGUUGAGUCUCUGCAGAAGCUGUGCUACGCUCACUCGGACUCCCCUGAGUGUGUGCAGGAUCUGCUCAAUGGGGUUUGCGGCGAUUUAGUGGCGACAUGCGAAGAAUAUAUCUCCUCCGUGGCGAUGACCGAUAGCAGAGAUGCGCAGUUUGACCAAGAAUUGUUGGUCAAACACCUCUUCACCCUGGGAGAAGUCGCCCAGCUGUGCCCGGCCCGCGUGGAGAAGCGAGUCCUGCUGCUGGUUCAGUCUAUAUUGGCCAGUUCCGUCUCGGCCGAGCAGAAUUCCUGCCGCUCAGAAAGUGAGGAGCUCACCGGAUCACAACCGCUGUCGCAGUUCAGAGCUUCCAACAUGCCGCCACUGGUCCGGGCGCACGCUUUUAUCACACUUGGAAAGCUGUGCCUUCAGCAUGAAGACCUGGCUAAGAAAUGUAUCCCUGCCCUGGCCCGGGAGCUGGAGGUGUGCGACGACGUGGCCAUCCGCAACAACGUGAUCAUCGUGAUCUGUGACCUGUGUAUACGCUACACCACGAUGGUCGACCGAUACAUACCCAACGUGUCCGUGUGCCUCCGCGACAGAGACCCCUUCAUCCGCAAGCAGACGCUCAUCAUGCUGACCAACCUGCUGCAGGAGGAGUUCGUGAAGUGGAAAGGCUCCCUGUUUUUCCGCUUCGUCAGUGUCCUGGUGGAUCCAGACCCGGAAAUCUCCAAAUUUGGGGAAUUCUGUCUGGUUCAUCUGCUCCUCAAGAGGAACCCGGUCAUGUUCUCCCAACACUUCAUUGAAUGCAUUUUCCACUUUAACUCCUACCAGAAACACGAGAAGUACAACAAGUUCCCGCAGACGGAGAGAGAGAAGACGCUGUUCUCUCUCAAGGGGGCCGGCAACAAAGAAAAACGCGUGAAGAUCUACAAGUUUCUGCUGGAACAUUUCACGGAUGAGCAGAGGUUCAAUCUGACCACCAAGCUCAGCCAAAAUGUUCUAGCCUGUUUCGUGGACGGCGUUUUGCCCGUCGACAUGGAAGCCGACGAGUUGCUGUCGGACAUCUUUGAGAUCAUGAGCUGCAAAGAGAUCAAACUGUCGGCGAUGAGAGCGAAACCCGGGGAGGACGUCGGCGCCGACGAUGACGAGAUGGCGAUGGCCACCGCGGUGAUGCAAGCGGCUCAGAAAAAACUCAUAUCUCAGGUGCAAAAGAAGAACUUUAUCGAGAACGUCAUCCCCAUCAUCACUUCCCUGAAGGGGCAGUUGGAGCAGCGCCGGAUCCCGGCAGUGAGAGACCUGAUGAAUUACCUGCGGGAAAUGAUGCAGGAUUAUCGGGACGAGAUAAAGGACUUCUUCGCCGCGGACAAGCAGCUGGCGGCCGAGCUGGAGUACGACAUGAAGAAGUACGAGGAGCAGCUGGAGCGAGAGAAGGAGCAGGCGGAGGAGAGCGAGACGCCGGCGGACCGGUCUGCCGCAGAAUCAGCGGGGUCCCCGCGGGGAUCUCCUCGCAGCGGGAACGUUGCAGGGUCUCCCAAAUCCCCCCUGGCUGUCGAUGGACGAGCCAGACCAGGAACUCCGUUGGGUUCGCCGGUAACCACGCCGCGUGUCGGCGUUCUGCAGAGACCCAGGCAGAUGUCCCUCAGCACCAUCGCCAUCUUAAACUCCGCCAAGAAAGCAGCAGAAUGUAACAAAAAGCAAAGAAGCAAAAGCAUCGGGGCCCUUCCGUUAAUACGCUCUCCGGCCAGCACGGGGAGCAGCAAGCAAGUGGUCUUCCGCACCCCCGGUCAGGAGAACAGCUCGAUGGAGGGAAGAGCGAUCAGCACCCCCGACCAGACCAUCGAUAACGUGACGUUCGGAGCCGGAGUCAGUUACAUCAGCGCCGGCCGCACGCCGUCCUCGGGAAGAGAAAGCGUUGCGUCCCAAGAGCCGGAUAGAGACGUUCUUUGUAUCAUGUCCCCCGACAAGCCAGCCCCUCAGCCCCGGCCGUGGAAUUUGGAGUCUCCGGUGCAGAGGAGAACCAGCCGACGACGACCGUCCGUCAAAACACCGCUGAAACCCGCCAACUAGACAAUCAGCUGCCGACGACCCCUGGAGCGAGCGCCAGAAACCCUGCAAUCUAUAUUCAAAAAUAUAUAUAUGGAAUCUGCCGCUAGAAUUAACCGCUUAAUGCCUCGGCAGCCAUACAGGAAUUUAUAAUCCCAGCACGACGGCCGGGGCUCUACUUAUCAAUGGAAAGCCGACGUGUUUGUGGCCCCCGACGCGUGUAUAUAUUUAUCUGUAUUUUUCCUUUUUUUGUUUUUCGCACCAUGUCUCAUUUUGUAUUUUUUUACAACAAAGAUCAAGUCUGGUUUCACGAUCCACUCGGAAUCAUGUAAUCUUUUUCACGUAUUAAGCGUCGGCUCGUUAACGCGGUGGAAGGAGGAAGUGGCACGGAGGGGCGGGCCGGAGCUCGGACUCUUAAAGUUCAGCUCUCUGCUCCGCUCAUCAUUUACCAAAAAUAGAGGAAUAAAUAAAAAAACAGUCGCUGAAGAAAAUCAAACAUCUUUAAUAUCAAAUAGUACAGCAGCUUAUUAUAUACAGCGUUGG